GAGCACCUCUUGUGGGUGAUUAGUGAAUAUAUUACGCUUAGUUGUCUUUAGCGUUGUCUUCUUAGCGUUGCUCGAAUCCGCCACACACCGGAUUCCGUUACCUGCCUCGUUGUAAUGUAAUGUAACGUAACUUAACGCGACGUCUAAGUUACUUUAGACUGCAGUCUCGCGCCAUUUACCAGAUGGUGGCCGGUGCUAAUCUACUUAGAGGCGCUGGCCAGUGUGUCGCUGCUUCUCCUCAAUGAGAGAAGAGAAGGAGGAGGGGAGCCCAGACAACUGGGUUGCUGUCAUUCCGUGUUUUGUUCUAUCUAAAAAGUCACAAGUUGAGCGACGGGAAGCGUAGCAAGUGGAUGAAGGAAUAUUUUCGCCGUGUAGCUUAUCAGGUGUUUAGCUAACAGGUUCAGUUAACGUGCUAACUUAGCAACGAUAUCAGCAAGUUGGACUUUUAUGGAUUUAACCUGAAUGGAGCUUUGUUAUGCCAGGAGCCAGCAGCAACAGGUUGUGAAAUCCUACCUAUCAUGCAAGGCUUUGGCUGUGGUUUGUGCUGUGUGUGUGCGGAGUUAACCGAGACCGAAGCUUUGCACCUUCACCCCUGGGGGCAUCGGCCUGUUAAAAAUGUUCCCGUAACCCUGCAACCAUGAAACCAUGCCAGUCAUCACUUAUUCAAGCGGUGCUGGAAGGUUUCCGAGGCAUCUCCAACUCCUGGGUAAAUAUGAGGCCACAAAAAGCAGAUAAGAGAAUAAUUAUGACUAAACAAACAUUGAGCCAAACUGAAGAGAGGAUGGACAGUGGACAUCAAUUACGGCUUUACUGGGAAGUUGGAAAUGUUGAGGAAGAAGUUGGAGGACAAUGGACGGAGCAGAUGCAAACGGAAAGAGAAGCAAGCGGAAUUCCAUUCCUGGAAGAUGGACACCAGCAGAAAGAAAACAACAAGAGCCAUAAAGUAAUGUUGGUGAUGAGGUGGCAUCACAUAUUCCUAUGGCUCUGUCUCUUGUGCAUCAGUCCACAACCUGCUUAUGCACAGGGACAUUUUCCGCCAAUGGAGAACAUUGCUGCCUUCAAACCCGUGUCCACCUCUCCAGCUCGUUCCACCUGUGGGGUUCCAGAUCGGAGCGUCUACUGCCAGCCGGCUUCUUUGCAGACUGAGCUGCUCACGUGCCAUCAGGCCUCCUGUGACCAGGAGUGUCCCUAUAGAUCCUCCACGCCACCUUAUGCCCCGCUAUUACUACCUGUGUACAGGGGUUCAUGUGUGAUCGAAGACACAACUGACACCCUUCCAUUUCGCCAUCAGACGUCAACAUUUGAGAGCAAAAGCACCACUAAGUCAAAUGGGCUUUCCCAUGGAUCUGGUAGUGUUAUGUUUCCACCAGGCCAACAGGGAUGCCUAGUCUCACCCCCCUCACAGAAACUGGGAGCUUCUGGAUCCCUCACACUGGCAUUAUGGAUUAAACCAAGCUCUCCUGGAGAUAUGAUGCUGCUGGAGAAGAGCUCAAGAGAGCGAUUAGUUUUUUCACUGACAGUGUCUGAACAGAUUGUCAGUUUGCAGUACAUUGAGUCCAGAAGUUUAACCCCUCUGACGAUCACCUUCAGAACACACGGGCGACUUGUUUUGGGCAGGUGGACACACCUUGUUUUACAGGUCCAUGACAGACACAUCAGUCUGUUCCUAAAUGGGCUGGAGGAGGACGGGACACCUUUUGAGACACAAUCACUGGCCACCAGACUGCAUGACAGCGAUGAGGACAGUACCAUGAGGGUGGGACUCUGCUCCAAAGGGUCCAAUCAGUUCAUGGGGUGGAUGCAGGACUUUAGAUUUUAUCCUUCUACUCUGACCAACAGGGAAAUAGUUGAAAUUUAUUCAGGUGCCCUGCCACAGCUCCAUUCCCAGUCUGAAUGUCGCUGCCCUCCCACUCAUCCCAGGGUCCACCCUUUAGUAGAACGAUACUGUAUCCCCAAUGCUGUUGAGGACACCACCAAUGACAGAGUCUUACGGCUAAACCUCAAUGCAUAUCCACUUGCUUACAUCAAUGAUCAGGACAUGGGUACCACGUGGCGUUCUAAGAUCUUUACCACUCAGGAACUGGACGAGGGGCUCACUAUUACCGUAGAUUUGGAAAAUGGACAAUACCAGGUGUUUUAUGUCAUAAUUCAGUUUGGUAGCCUCUUGCCAGAGUCACUUCUGAUCCAAAGACAAAGACUCCCGCAUCAACAGAACAGUAUGCACACAGAGGAAUCCUGGUUAGACUGGCAGUAUGUGGCUAAAGCAUGCAGUGUGUUUGAGAUGCAGAAUAAUGGGCCUUUGCUAGCACCGGACUCAGUCAACUGCCUCCAACUGCCCAGCGAGGUGCCCUACUCUGGAGGUAACAUCACAGUCAGCCUGCUGAGCCCAGAGCCAAACCUGAGACCAGGCUACAAUGAUUUCUACAACACCCCUGCUCUUCAGAGGAUGGUACAUGCCACCCAGGUCAGGAUACAUCUUAGAGGACAAUACCACACCAGAGCAGCCGAGGUGGACCAGCGGCACCGACACUAUGCCAUCAAAGAAAUCACCAUCAGUGGCAGGUGUGAGUGUCAUGGCCAUGCAGAUCAUUGCGACACCAGCCUCACUCCCUACCGCUGCCUGUGUCUGCCUGAAAGCCACACUGAGGGAAACAAUUGCCAGCACUGUGCACCCCUCUACAACGACAAACCCUUCCGGCUAGGUGAUCAGCUCCAGCCAAUGAACUGCCGGCCUUGCCAGUGUCAUGGACACGCCGACUCCUGUCACUAUGACGCCCAGAUGGAUGACCAACCAACAGAACAAUACCUGGGAGGAGGAGGAGUCUGUGACAACUGCAUGCACAACACAACCGGUAGGAACUGCGAGCUGUGCAUAAGAGGGUUUUUCAGGUUGGAGCAUUCUGAUCCUGCUUCAGCUUAUGUGUGCCAGCCUUGUGACUGUCACACUGCUGGAACUGUCAAUGGCAGCACUGACUGUUUUCAGGUUGGAGGCCAAUGCCAGUGCAAGGCUGCUGUAAGAGGGCGCCGUUGUGCAGACUGUUCACCUGGCUGGCACAGCCUUCAAGCCUCCAAUGCAGAGGGCUGCCUCCGCUGUAACUGCAGUGAUUUGGGCAUUGUUAACUCCUCUGCAGGAAGUGGUCCAAGCUGCAAUCAGCACUCCGGACAGUGCCAGUGUAAAGCCCACGUGACAGGUCUGUCUUGCGAUCGUUGUGAAUUCGGUUAUUGGAAUCUGUCCCACCCAGACGGCUGCAUCCCCUGCGACUGCGACCCCGUGGGAUCAGUCAGCCCAUUCUGUGAGCCUGAGGGGGGGCAGUGUGAGUGUAAGGCUGGAGUUGGGGGCCAGCGCUGUGAUUCCUGUGGCCGGGGUUUGUCUGGUUUAAGGCUGGAUGGAACUUGCACCCCCUGCAAUUGCUCAAAAGAGGGGACUGUACCCGAGACAGACUGCAAUCGUCACACGGGCCAAUGUGUGUGCAAGGAACAUGUGGAAGGCCGUCUCUGUGACACUUGUCGUCGCGGUUACCACACUUUGGAGCUCAGAAACUCCCUAGGCUGUCUGCCGUGCGUGUGUGACAUCAGCGGCACUGUGCCGGAUGGUGUAUGCGAUAAGUGGACAGGACAGUGCCCAUGCAGACAUGGAGUCCAGGGGGUGCGGUGCACCAACUGUGCCCCCAACUACUAUAACGCAACUUCAGAUGCCCAAAGAGCAUUCGAUGGCUGUGUUCCAUGUACAUGUGACCCAAGAGGAACAGUGGCUGGGUCAGUGUGUGACAGCACUACAGGUCAAUGUGUGUGUACACCAGCACGCUUCAGAAAAGACUGUACCACAUGCCGGCCUGGUUUUUACCUUUCUGCAGAUCUGAGAAUAUGUGUGGAGUGUGACUGCCAUCCCAUGGGGGCCAUGCAGCGUAAGUGUGAAAGCCAGACUGGCCAGUGUGUGUGUGCCCAUCCUUCGGUGGGAGGACGAAGAUGCAACCACUGUCGGGAAACCUUUUUUGGAUUCAACCCUGGCUUGGGCAGAUGCCAACCAUGUGCAUGUGACCCGGCGGGCAGUGUCAGUGGUUCUUGUAACCCAGACUCAGGAGUGUGUGAGUGUAAGCUGCUGGUUACUGGGGAUAAAUGUGAUGCAUGUCAACAUGGAGCAAGCCAUUUGCAUACAGAGAAUAUCUAUGGCUGCAGUAAAGCUCCCUCUCAACAACCUGCCCCAGUAGCUUUGGCGCUCAGCUAUUCUUCCAUUAAUCUGACUUGGCAUCAGCCUGACUCCCCAAACUCAAACAUACUCAACUACACUCUCAUCAGGAAUGGACAACCUGUGCACAGCAUCCAGCGUAGCUAUCCUUUCAGGCCUGAAUUAUUCAAAGAUAUCCAUCUGUCUCCAUACACAAACUAUUCUUACUGGCUGAUUACAACUAAUGUCGCUGGUGUGACAACUAGUGCAACUGCUUCCUGCCAAACUUUAGCCGCACCACCUGAACAGGGCCAGCUACAGUUAAGUCUCGUUGGGCAACCUGGUCCAACCACCGCCAGCUUCAACUGGAGUGUACCAUCUAAUGAUACAGGGCCAGUGGAGAGGUUUGUGUUGUCCUCCACAGAAUCUUCUAGUGAAGCAGAGUCUGUCAUCCACUACACAGGUUUAUCUACUGAGGCAGUGGCAAGUGGCCUGAAGGCCUUCACCCAAUACACUGUCACACUGCAGGCAUGCUCAUCUGGAGGCUGCACCUCCACUUUACCUUUGUCACUGCUGACAGCUGCUACCCCCCCACAAAACCAAUCCCCUCCCAAGGUCACCGCCACUGGACCCCACACCCUGUUUGCGUCAUGGGAGCCUCCCGCUCAGCCAAACGGAGUUAUCACAAGGUAUGAGGUCUUUUUACGGGGUCCGGUGGAAUCACGAAACCUGUCAAGUCUGUCUGGAGAAAAAAGAGUCUUUGUCAGCACGGGGUGGUUUGAUCCAAGCAUCCCCUCGCAAGCAAAGCUCAACAAUAGCGUCAGAGCCUCCCCCCCUGAGAGCAGCACUAUUGUGGCAAGUCUGCAGGCCUUCUCCAGCUAUCAGAUGAGAGUCGUUAGUGUCAAUAUGGCAGGGAGUGUCUCAUCAGGUUGGACUACCGCACGAACAAUGGAAGGAGUUCCAGAGUUAAUGCCUCCUCCAGAAGUGUCUGCCCUGACUUCCACCAGCCUUCAGGUCACUUGGUGUACUACUGAACGUGACGGGGUCAUUGCCAGAGGGCAGGUCACUGAAUUUCGUGUCAAUUUGCUGACUGAACAAACCAACAACACCUAUGCUCCUCCUGUCUUCAGUCAGAUUCUGCAGCAUUUUGGACCCUCUGACCAACCUGUUUAUAUAGUGAAAGGGUUGAAGCCUUACCACCUGUACAACUUCACUGUGACACUCUGCACAAAGAAUGGCUGCAUUACAAGUUUAAAAAGCUCGGGUCGGACUCUAUCUGCAGCUCCAACAGGAUUGUCCUUACCUCGACUGCAUCCGGUCAAUGACACAACCAUUCAGAUAGACUGGGAUGUCCCGGCUCAAUUAAAUGGACCACACCCACUGUACCAGGUGGAGAGGACAGACAUCUCUCUUUCUGACCCCCAAGCUUCUUUCAUCAGAGGCACGUGGUUCUCUGGGAAUAGCCACUACCAGUUUCCAAGUGACACCCUGCCUGUUAACACUGACUUCACCGGUAUUGAGUUGAGUUUCAAGACUCACUCUCCAGAUGGCAUGCUGCUCUGUGCCCUUUCUCCUGGAAAUCAGGAAGAAUUCAUUGCUAUUCAGAUCAAAAAUGGCCGUCCUUACUUCUUGUUUGAUCCACAGGGCUCAGUGGUGGCCGUGAGUGCACAGGGGGAUGGAGAGCGCCUCUACAACGACGGGCAGUGGCACCACAUCACAGCAACGAGGCAAGGAGCUGUGGGAACAAUCGUUGUAAACAAUCAAUACAGAGGUAGUGCUUCAGCCUCCAGUGGCAGCACUGUAAUUGGUGAGAAUACAGGAGUGUUCAUCGGAGGACUGCCAGGAGAUUUAACUCUACGGAGGAAAGACCUAGGGCCCGCCCGGCUGAUGCGGCGGGGUUUCUCCGGUUGCUUGAGAGACGUGCGUUUUAAGAUGACUGACAGACCCUCAGAGAAGUGGAGUCCCCUGGACUGGACAAAAGCCACAAAUAAAAUGUCAGCAUAUGAAAGCUGGGAGGGAUGCCCACUUCAUAUUGGAGAUGGGGCUCAUUUUCUGGGUCACGGUUACUUGGAGUUGAGCAAAGAUCUGUUCCGUGGAGGAAAGGACUUUGACAUCUCCAUGGAGUUUAGAACAGACCAGUUGAAUGCACUUCUGCUUUUUUCAUACAACACACAGACUGAUGACUAUAUGCUGGUGGAGCUGAAGGGUGGCCUCCUUUUGUUCGUUCUCUCCAGUAGAGGUCAUGUGACUGAGCUUAGUAUGUGGGUGGGUCUGAGCUACUGCGAUGGCGACUGGAAGCAGCUCUCCCUAGCAAAGCGUGUCUCCCUCAUCUCUGCGGCUGUCGAUGACUGGGCAGAGGAGAUGAGGGGAGCUGGAGCAGCAGGGGGGCUUCAUGUUGACUCACCAUUAUAUUUGGGCGGGGUGCCCACUCAGCUCACCCAUCCUGCUUUGCACUUCCACAGUCACAGACAGGGCUUCGGAGGUUGCAUAAGGGGCCUCACCAUUCAAAGUGAUGAAACAACAAGCCCUCCUGUCAGUCAAAGUGUGAAUCUCUCUGUUGCCUCCCGGCGUUCUGUUAGAAUCUUCCUCGACGGCUGUCCUACUAGUGAAAGCCGUUACAACUGCAGGGGAAAUGACACAGUGUUGAUCUUCACUGGGAGAGAGACGCACGCCUUUGAUUACAGUCUGCCGCCAUUCACUGAAUACCUGUACAGGUUUAUAGCUUUAGGUGCAGGAGGGUGGGCAGCCUCUCCUUGGCAGAGAGGACGCAGCCGGGGCAGAGUACCGAGCACCGUCCCGCCUCCCUCCAUGCUACAGAUUGUGAAUGGCUUCAGUGCCAAGGUGAGCUGGGCACCACCCACAGGUGAUCUCAGAGGCGUGAUUGACAGGUAUGAGUUGAGAGCCUACAAUAGAGACCAGCCAGAGGUGGCGCCUAUCAAAGUCGUAUACCUGGCUAACGGAAAUUUCACAGGUGUUCUUUCCGGUCUCACCCCGUCCACUCAGUACUUGGUGACUGUAAGUGCUUGUAUUGCAACUGGCUGCACUGAAAGUCUUCACAGCAGUCUCCAUGCUGCUAAUAUGACAUCCAUCCUCACAACCCCACAGGAAGCUCCUGAUGCUGUUUCUCCUCCAUCUGCACUCCCAUCACCCUCAGCUCUUUAUGUCACCUGGGAAGCUCCAGCAAGGCCCAAUGGAGUCAUUACAGAGUACCGCGUCUAUCAAAACGACCAAAUGGUCUACAGCGGGGAUGAGAGACGCUACAACAUUACUGAUCUCGGCGUCUAUACCGCUCACAUCCUGGUGUUGUCUGCAUGCACCGCCGUUGGAUGCACCAACAGUUCACAGGUCACAAUGUUGACCUCUCAGCUUCCUCCCGGGCCACUACGAGCACCAACUCUGACCUUGCUGGACUCGCGGACCAUUCUGGUGGAGUGGUCGCGACCUUCUCAGGUCAAUGGCGUUCUGGAGUUCUAUUCCAUCUUCCUGUCACAAGGUGCUUCGGAGCCCACCCUAGUCUACAACAGUUCAAAACAUGUCGAAGACCACACACUCCGCAACCUAUCUCCUGGCACAGCCUACACCAUCAGUGUGGCUGCUUGCACAGGUGGUGGCUGUACAAGAAGCCCCCCCGCUGUGGCCGAGACUGAGGAGAGCACCCCGGAGAAUGUGCCGGCACCAAUAGUCACCCCUUUGUCCCCAAAUGCACUUAACAUCAGCUGGACAGCUCCUGAUAAGCCCAAUGGUAUCAUAACCAGCUAUGGCCUUUGGAUGGAUGGCGUUAUCAUAUCAAACACAAGUUCCUCUCAGAGCUUCUUGGUGGUGAAGGAACUGUCUCCAUGGAGCAGACAUGUACUCAGGCUUCAGGCCUGCACAGCGCGUGGCUGCGGCAAGGGACCCAUGGUGGAAACGCACACUUUGGAAAUGGCUCCAGAAGGUCCAAUGAUGCUAGAAUUGACCAACCAGAGUUCUAGAUCUCUAAGAGCCCGAUGGACUGCUCCACCAAGACCCAAUGGCAACAUGAGAUACACACUAUACCAUCACAGUCAAGGUGGCGAUGUGGUGCUGGAUGGAGGCACGGCAGCCGGCACGUGGUUGACUUUGACGGACCUGCAGCCGUACACCAACUACAGCUUCUGGGUCAGAGCUUGCAAUACACGGGGCUGUGUGAAGAGCAUGGUGCUUAAUGUCACUACAUCUACAGCAGCGCCAGAUGGGUUGUCCGCCGUGAGACUCACUCAUGCCACGAGCACCAGUCUAAAUGUGUCUUGGUCCGAACCAGCCCACUCCAAUGCCCCGGGCCUGCUUCACUACAGUCUACAAAUGAGGACAUCACCCCAGAGACCUGUGAUAAGGCUCCUGGAAAAUACAACAGACACUUUUUCCUAUCACAUGUCUGGCCUGUCUCCAUACACCCAGUACCUAUUCCGACUGGUGGUCUCACACUCACAUGGACAGACAACAGGGCCCUGGGAAACUCUUUGUACAGCAGAAGACAGUCCAGGUCCCCUAGACCCCCUGACUGUUCUCACGCUCCAUCCUCGAAAUGUGACAGUCGCAUGGGCACCUCCCUCCCAACCUAAUGGCAUCAUCACCAAUUUCAGCCUUUAUUUUCACCCCGAUGCUACCUCUACUUUCCAUCCCAAACCUGGCACCAGUUUGAAACCCAACUCAAUCUUUGAUUCAGACCCUUACCCAAGUCAACCAAAUGUUACCACAUCUGGCUCAUAUCGACACCUCGUAAAGAGUAACCAGACUCCAAUGUCACCUAAUGUAGGAACCAAGUCAUUAGAUUCUUCUGGACCCAUUGCCUUCUCAAGGGUGCCCACAAACCCUCCCGUGCCACACAAAGUAUACACUUCAACCAGACCCGAAAGUGAGCAAGAUGUCCUCCACGACAACAGUUCAUCAACUUUAAGUCUCUCCCCACCAUCAGUGAUUGUUCCAGGGAACACCACAAGCUACACCUUCCUUGACCUCCUUCCAUACAACUCCUACAAAACCCAACUGGAAGCAUGCACCAGCGUGGGUUGUUCAAUGUCGGAAACGAUGCGCUUUCGGACCCUGCCAGCACCUCCUGAAGGACUCCCUACACCUCACCUCUACUCUGACACACCCACCUCUGUUCUCCUGUCCUGGGGUGCACCAGAGAGCCCAAACGGACCUUUAGAGAGGUGGCAAAUUGAACGCAGAGUUGCCGGUACAGAACAAAUCUCCACCGUAGGACACCUUCUGCCAGAACCUCCCCCUCUUUCCUUCUUGGACUCCUCAUCAGCACUUAGUCCGUGGACAACUUACCACUAUAGACUUGUGCUCCAUAAUCAAGCUGGCAAUGCCACAGGACCAUGGGCCAGUAUCUCCACCAGACCUUCUCGACCAGCUGGUGUGACUCCUCCAAGGGUUAAAGUGUUGGGACCAGAGUCAAUACAGGUCACAUGGUCUCCACCUUUAAUUCCCAAUGGGGAGAUCCAGGGUUAUGAGCUCCGUCUCCCACACCCCCGCAUCUUCCACAAUGGCAGCAACACAACCGAGCUGAGUGUCAGGGUGACAGAUUUGAUUCCCUACACAAACUACAGUGUCACCGUGGUUGUGUGCUCCAAGGGAGGUGGAUAUGUCGGAGGAUGCACGGAAAGUCUGCCGACUCCAGCGACAACAUUUGCCUCAAGCCCCCAAGGCCUCGGAGCCCUGUCAGCGGUAGCUGUCAGUGAGUCUUUCCUUGCUGUGUCUUGGCAACCUCCGCGCAAGCCCAACGGACCCAACAUCAGAUAUGAGUUGCUGCGACGUAAAACCCACCAGCCGCUUGCCGUCACCACAGUCCCCAUAGUAACAGCCCCAUCCGCCAACCCUUCUGAAGAUCUCCAUCGCUGGCUCCAUGUUUACUCCGGCACCAAAUUGUUCUACCAAGAUAAAGGCCUAAGCAGAUUCACACGCUACCAGUAUCAGUUAGUGGUCCACAAUGACGUGGGCUUUUCUUCAGGAGAAAUCAUCACAGCCGUCACCAUGGCUGGGAUUCCUCUCCGUCCUCCAUCGCUGUUUGCACACGCUGUCAAUCACACGGCUGUUCGUGCCAACUGGACAGCACCUUCUUUACACGACCUGCAGGGUGAAGUAGAGAUGUACUUCCUUACAGUCAUCUCUGCCAACUCGAGACAAAAGUUGGCUUUUCCCCCAGAAAGCCUCUCUACAGUGGUGACUGACCUUUGGCCCAUGACCACCUACAUGUUGUCAUUACACGUGUCUAAUGGAGCACAUAAUACAACCAAGUCAAUAGUUAACGUCACCACAGAGGAUGGAGAGCCAGAUGGGAUUUUGGCCCCCGAAGUAGUUCCAGUUAACAGCAGCACCGUUCGUGUGCUCUGGUUUCCUCCUCUGAAAGCAAACGGAGCUAUUACCGCUUACCGAGUUUACGUGGACGACCGCCUCCAUGGCAGCGUAGACAACAGCUCUGGGUCUUACCUGCUGGGCAACUUGCUGCCUUUUACCGUUUACAAUAUACAGGUGGAGGUGUGUACUGUUUAUGCAUGUGUUCGGAGUAAUGUUACUCAAACAAUUACUGUGGAGGACCUACCUGCUGCCAUGGCCACACCACUUGUACAACUACUGGGUCCAAGGCGUGUCAAAUUGGACUGGUCCCCUCCGGGAAGACCAAGUGGAAUCAUUUUGGGCUACGAAGUCCUAAGACGGUCCUUCGGGUUAUGUGGCUCAACAUCAGCAGGGGGCAUGUCUUCUUUGGGGAAAGAUUCAAGAGGCAUAAAGCUCAGGUGCUCCUACCUGCAGUGUCCAGCCACUUAUAGUGUUUGUGAGACGUCGUGUUUCCACCCUGAUGUACAGGUUUGCUGUACUGGAAUAUUGUUCAGUAAAAUGCCACAACAUUACUGUUGUGACGGACGUUAUCUCAGCUUCAGUAAUUCCUCCAGUCCAGUCUGCUGCAAUGGCAAACUGUUGCCACCUCUUCCAGACCACCAGUGCUGCGGAACGUACUAUGUUCAAGUCAAAACCAAUGAAUACUGCUGCCCCGACCACUCGCAGGGCCGAGUCUCAGUGGGGCUGGGGGACAGCUGCUGUGGGGGUGUUCCCUACUCCACCAAAGGUGGCCAGCUGUGUUGCGGUGGGAGCCUCCAUGAUGGCUAUGGGGUCCAGUGUUGCGGGGGCCACGUUGUCAAUGAUGCACUGGUUUGCUGUGGCAAUGCCAGGAAGGGACAAGUGCAUACAUACAUUCCAGGUUUUUCCUGCUGUGGUCAAGAGUACAUCAACUCUUCUACCUCUCUCUGCUGCAUGGGCACUGAGGGAGUUCCCACGAUUCACCCUUCUGGGAAUGCCACAGUCAGACUGCAGUGCUGCGGGUCAAAGGUCAUACUUCAAGAACAGGAAUGCUGUAGUGGAACUGGCUAUGACCCACAGCGCCAUGUGUGCGCCAACAGGCCUACACCAAAACUUUUAAUGGAGAGUGGCUGUUUGCAAGGUGCUGUGUGCCCAGUGGCUGCAGCCUCCACAGCCUACUGCGGCUCCUGUGACAUCGACCCCUCUAUGACGGCCUGCACGUGGGUCCUGUCGGCACUACCUCACCUUAACCACGCAGUCAACACCACAUCCGAGGGACUCAUCGCGGGCCUCCGCCCGCAUGGCAACACAAGUAGCGUACUGCGACACGAGGGGAGCUUGUGUCCGUCCCAGGAGGAGGUAGUGUACAGCGGGGAUGCCAAGCGAUAUAGCUACACAGAUUCCGACCUAGAGCCCUUCACCACUUACCAGUACAGAGUAAGGAGCUGGAACAGCUUUGGCAGGGGUUCAAGUGAUGUUACCACGGUGACCACCAGUGAAGAUGAACCGUGGGGAGUGGCCCCCCCUCGGUGGAAACGCCUGGGUGAACGAAGUGAUGUCCUCCAGUGGCAGUGGCAACCACCCGCUAGGCCUAAUGGAGUCAUAACCCAUUAUGUUAUACUGCGUGAUGGACAAGAACGUUACCGUGGUGAUGAAUAUACAUUCACAGACAUGGGCGGGAUAAAGCCUUUCCAGGAAUUCAGCUACCAGCUACGGGCCUGCAACCGAGCUGGUUGCACUGAUAGUACAAAGAUGGUGGCACUAACAGUUCAAGGAGUCCCCGAGGGGGUGCAGUCUCCAACGAUAAGAGCCUUGAGCCCCUCAUCUCUUCUCGUGAGCUGGAUCCAACCUGCACGUCCCAAUGGAAGAGUGCUGUGGUAUCACCUGAACCAGACUGGUGUGGGCACCCUGUUUACUUACACCGAUGCACCCGGGAAUUAUACCGUGACUGGUUUGCAGCCAUUCACAGACUACACUUUUGUGCUGGUGACCUGCACAGCUGUGGGAUGUGGCACCAGUUCACCUUCUACAGGACGCACCCUCCAAGCUGCUCCCACUGGUGUGUGGCCAAGACCCAGACACGUGGCCGUCAACACAUCUGCGGUGGAGCUGUUCUGGGAUCAGCCAGCCAGGCCUAACGGACAGGUCUCCCGGUACCGACUGCGCAGAGACGGUCACGUUAUUUUUACCGGCGACUCCCGUGAGCAGAAUUACACCGACACUAGACUCUCGCCAAACCGCAGGUAUGUUUAUGAACUGGAGGCCAGCACAGGCGGCGGGGUUGGUCUGAGUGACAAAUACAUAAUAAAAACACCAGCCUCGUGCCCCACUGGGAUCCCAGCUCCACACAAUGUGACAAUCACAGGCCCCCACUCCAUCUCCUUGGUCUGGUCCGCUCCUGCCCAGUUCAACAUCAGCCAGCUUGUACAUUACAACAUUUUGUUGAAUCCAGGAAGUGACAGUGCCGCAGUGCAUCCCACAGGCCAAGACCUGAACCUGACUGUGAAAGGUCUGCAGCCUUUCACCACCUACCAUGUCCGAGUGCAGGCCUGUCAGACUGGGGGGUGUGGCAUAGGAAAGGGUAUUUAUGUUCAGACUUUAGAAGCCGCACCAAAAGGUCUACCACCACCCUCAGUAACAGCAGCUGGUCCCGGUGUCUUAGAGAUCCACUGGUCUCCCCCUGAAAAAACAAAUGGCCUCAUCACCUCCUACCAUAUAUACAGGUCCCCAGUGGAAACAGAGGAGGAACUUCUGGUUUUCAUCUGGUCUAGUGGACCACUAGAGUUUUUUGAUGCAAGCCCUUCCUUGCAGCCCUUCACCUCCUACUGGUAUAGGGUUCAAGCUUACAACUCUAAAGGCUCAGCUCUGAGUGACAGGACGCUGGCCCGGACUCUGUCAGCCGUACCAAACGAUAUGGCUCCUCCCACUGUCACGCCUACAGGCGCAUACUCUAUCCAUCUGAAAUGGAGUGAACCAAGAGAGCCCAAUGGUCUCAUUUCAAAUUAUAAACUCAUCUACAAGAAGCUCCAGCUGGACCCAACACUCAACUCAACUGCAGUGAUAGCACUCACUGUGGAGGGUUCAGUCCGAGAAGCAACAGUCUUUGGCCUUGAGCCCUACAGUCAGUACGAUCUACUAGUGGAAGCCAGAAAUGAAGCAGGCGGUGUGUCCAGCCCAUUGGUCAGCAUAAGGACCAUGGAGGCUUCUCCUGCUGGACUGGCUAACUUCAGUGUAGAGCAGAAAGAGCAGGGCAGGUCCUUACUGCUCAGCUGGGAUCCACCAAGUUCUCCAAAUGGAGCCAUCACGAUGUAUAAUUUGUACAGCGAGGGAAACCUGGAGUUCAGUGGUCUGUCACGUCACUUCCUUUUCCGACGCUUGGACCCAUGGACCACAUACACUCUUACUCUUGAAGCUUGCACAUCAGUAGGAUGCACACGGGGUCCACCUCAUCAUGUCACCACUGAUGCUGCUCCACCUGACUUGCAGCCUUCUCCCACACCUCUUUCCAUUGGUUCAGACCAUGUGUUGCUUUCCUGGGGAUGCCCCGCUCAUCCAAAUGGGCCCAUUGAGGAGUACUAUUUACUGGGAAGAAGUCAGAUGUGGAGUGGAAGAAGCAACAAGCAAGAUGCCGCAAGGGAAAAAGUUUGUGAAAGUUCUGUUAUUCUUUCUUUGACUUCCCAUUUACGGUCACUGAACCAACAAUACUGUCACAAACAGGUGCUGUUCAAACAAUCAUCUCCACAAACAAAUGACACUUUCUUCUACACGGUGACUGGAUUGCGCCCCUGGACUCAGUACAACUUUGCCAUACGUUCCCAUAACCCUGCUGGCCACACCCACAGCCCCUGGCUAACAGUGACAACCAAACAGGCCCCGCCUCUUGGCCUGGCCCCACCAACAGUGAGCCACCUUCAGGAUCAACCAAGUGAAGUGUUGGUAUCCUGGACUCCACCUGUAGAACCCAAUGGGUUGCUCCAGUCUUACAGGAUCCAGAGAAACAAUGUGAGCUUCUCCUUUAGUUUUGACUCAACAGUCCUCAACUACACUGACAAAGAUCUCCUUCCUUUUUCAAGCUAUAGCUAUUCCAUCACGGCGUGCACAUCUGAGGGAUGCAUCACAAGCCCUGAUUCUAACAUUACCACCUUAGAGGCUCCCCCUGCCACUGUAGAGGUUCCCACUGUGGACUCCAUCACAUCCAACAGUAUGAACAUUUCCUGGGCUAAACCAGCGACCCAAAAUGGGGAGGUAACUGAAUAUAUUCUAAAAGUGAACAGCCAAGAGGCUUAUCGUGGGACAGAUGUGAAGACAAUGCUGCUACACCUGAAUCCUCACACGUCCUACCAGCUAGUACUGUUAGCUUGCACCAGUGGUGGCUGCACUGCCAGCGCGGCCACAGCCACUGUGACAGAGGAGGCUCCUCCUACGGAUAUGCCUAUCCCCACUCUGAAGGUCACUGGUGCAGAGUCAGUAGAAGUUAACUGGGGACCACCACAGAGCCCCAACGGCGUCAUCACAGCAUAUGAACUCCGCAGAGAUGGCGAAGUAAUCUACGUGGGCCCCGAGACACGCUACCAUGACUUCACUCUUUUGCCCAAUGUGGAGUACAGCUACUUUGUCUGGGCUAACAACAGCAGAGGGGCAGCGAGCAGCGCCUCAGCCACAGCAAAGACUCACCCAGCGGCUCCUUCUGGUGUCGGCCCCCCCAUGUUGUCACCUCUGGGACCUAGUCAGGUGAAAGUGGAGUGGAACAUCCCCGCCCGUCCUAAUGGAGACAUUAUUAGUUACACAGUAUAUCACCGAGAUCCCGUCCAGCUCAGUGUGAGCAGCACUGUGUACACGCCAGAGGACAGUGUCUUCUCAGAGAGACGCAUCACGCUGCGUGGGCUCGCUCCAUACCGCAGGUAUGAGGUGAGGUUAGAGGCUUGCACAGCGCUGGGUUGCUCCUCCAGCGACUGGUCGUCCAUUCUCACGCCGGAGGCUCCACCUGCUGGACAGGCAGCACCACUGUUGGACCUGCAGCCAGAUACCUACACAGGCCACCAGACAACCUUCCUGCUGACCUGGUCCCCUCCAGCUCAACCAAAUGGCUGGAAGCUACAUUAUGAGGUGUACCGCAGACUGGAGCUCACAGUCGAUACGCACAGAAGUGAUGCAGCAGCACUUGUGUACAGUAACUCAUCCACAAGUUGCAAGGAUGAGGGACUCCUGCCUUUUACUGCAUAUCAGUACCAGCUGUGGGCCGUGAACUCAGCCGGCCGCUCUCCGAGCCAGUGGGUUAGCGGGACAACUGGACCCGCUCCACCCGAUGGUGUCGCUCCGCCCACUUUCCUGCGUGUCUCCGCAACCACGGCGGUGGUGGAAAUGCACUCUCCGGCCCGACCCAAUGGCAUUGUCAGCCUUUACCGCAUCUUCUCUCUUGACCGCAACGACGACGUCACUCUGCUCUCAGAGGGCACAUCUCAUCAGCAGACACUUCAUGGUUUACAGCCUUACACGCGGUACAGGGUUGGAGUGGAGGCCUGCACCUGUUAUCAGUGUUGUAGCCAGGGACCACUAGUCGUGCUGCACACACUGGCUGCCUCACCAUCACGACAGUCGCCGCCUCGUGCCAUCACGCGAACCUCUCGCUCAGCCCAGCUGGCGUGGAUGGAGCCCCUGGAGCCCAAUGGGAUCAUCGAGAGCUGUGAGCUCCAUCUCAGAACAGCCUGCCCGCAGCCCCCGCAGCCUGUGCACCACCCUUGUGUUACUGGACCAGCGGAAAUUAGAUUCUUCGGCAAAAGGCGGAGCUACAAUGUGACAGGUCUGCAGCCUUAUUCCACCUAUGAGCUGAGAGUGGCCUGCUUCAACAACAUGGGAAGCACCGCCUCCAACUGGACUGCUGUCGUCACGCUCGCUGAAGCACCACAGUACGUCUCACCCGUAUCUGUGGGCAGCAACCUGACGGUCAUAUGGCUGGACUGGACCGGGUCCUUCUCCCUAAAUGGCUACCUGAAGGAGUAUACUGUUACUGAGAGCCAGCUCAGGAUCUAUAGUGGCUUCUACAGUUACCUUCAUGUUGUACGCACGUCACAGAAAAUGCUAUCAUUUCAGGUGAUGUGUACCACAGACAGUGGCAGUGCCAUCACUCCCACUGUCAGAUACAGCCCUGCUGUGGGUCUAGGUCCUACUCAUCCAGAGGAGAUGGGCAAAGAAGGAGUGAGCAUGUCGGCAGCACCAAUUUACACUGAGCUGUGGUUCAUUCUGCUGCUGGCGCUGCUGGGUCUCUUCCUGUUAGCCAUCAUGUUGGGACUCCUGCUGCAAAGAGCGUUGAGGAAGAAUCCAUCAGCCAGAGAGCGCCCUCCACUGGUCAUGCUUCAGAAGAGCAGGAAGGCUGGUGGUGAGACGUACUCGAGGCCUUGUCCUGACUUGUGUUCUAAACAUCAUUCUGGCUCUGUGCUCCAUCGCGAUCGUCUCACAGGCCUUUCCGACACCAAGAUAGUGGGUGGUGGCUCUCCAUUUAGCCCCAUGUCUGUCCUGAGAGUCCCCAGCCAAAGUGACCUGACGCAGGCCUACUCCCAUCAUCCCUUACACCACAGCCUCAGUCAGCUCAUUGACAAGAAGGCUCUGAUGGACGACGGCUGCUGGGACAACCCUGGACUGUAUGUGGAGGAAGACUUUGCAGAUGCUAUCAAGGCUCUAAGCUGUGUGAAGAAGGAGCACGCCACCUUCACUGACACACAACUUUAAGAUGGGUGGAUUGCAGCGGCCAAACAGUGGUUACCCCCUGUACCCUGCCUCUCGCCCGAAGACAGCUGGGAUUGGCUCCAGCACCCCCACGACCCUCGUGAGGAUAAGCGGUAGAAAAUGAAUGAAUGAAUGAAUGAAUGAAUUUUGCCUGGCUUCACUGUCUCUGGCAGCAGCUAGGUCACUAUAGUUAUCCACGUACUUCAAAUGUUACUUUUUUUGUGACAUUUUGUCUUUAAAACAAACAAGUAAUGUGGUUUGUUUGGAGCUUGUUUUUGUCCCACAUGGAAGCUACGAUGGCUGUCACGUUGAUGGGGUAUGUGCCAACUUAAGUAUCACUUAACAAACUUGCUCUCUUAUAAUAAUAAUAAUAUCUUGUCUUUAAAACACUGCUUAUGUACUUAAGUUGUUCAACAUUAAUACUAUACAUUUAAGUUACAUACAUUUUAAACUUUAUCAAGUGACACAGUACCUUACACACGUUAUACACGUCCACACAGUUUCACCGCUCAUUUAGCUUUUGCCCCUGCGUCCCUUCAAGGAGCAACCAAGAGAAGUUAGAGGUGAAGAAUCAGUGGCAGUGAGAACGAUGGCGACCUCGCUCAAGGUCACAUGCACACCUAAACACACGUACACGCACGUGCGUUGGCAUGUUCGCAGCUUGUGUCGGCCACAGAGGGAGGAGGGAGAGGAGGUGGUGAAAUGAGAGCGUGUGGACUGAUUGUAAAGGACAGUGUGGCCCUGAGCCACACACACACACACACACACACACACAGUUUUAUUAAAGUCAUAAAUCAUACUGAGGACAUGCGCCAUCUCAGAGAGGAGACUGUCUGAAAUAGGAGGUUAGUGAAAUGAACACGACGACUAUGUUCACUCUGGCGAGUCAUGCAGACACACAAACGUUCAGGUGGAGUUUUUAAUAUUAACAUUUCAAUGUGUUUAUUUUAAUGUAUUAUACUUUCAAAUCAAUAUAGUUCUUGUAUGAACCGAAAGUGCCGAACAGUAGGGGGGUUUGCAUUUGUGAGAUGUACCCUCAAUUACGAGUACACCUGAAUGUCUCACAGCAGAAAGGCGAGUGAGCGUGUUUAUUGCUCUCUGUGAGUUAUACGAAUAAGUAACUAAGUUUGGUUAUUAUUUAUGCGUUAAGAGUUUUUAAUCUUGAAGAUUUGAUUUAUAUUGGUGUCAUCAGGAAGGAAAAAAAACGUUCCACUUGAUUUAGACACGCUUCUAUUUUUUUUUCGCAGUUGAGCACAAACAGAAUUAGCAUGCCCUUCUCACCUCCACCUUCCCCUUAUUUCAGGGGUUUCAAACACGCGGGCCAAAUGUGGCCCGCAGGACACUAGUUUGAGGCCCCCGCCUUGAUAUGAAAGUUUAAUGUUAGUGCGGCCCG